CCCUGGUAAGCUGCUCCCCCCUAGUCUGAUUAGCGUAGAACAGGGCACAGUGUGUAAAGGCAGUUGUAUAGUGCAGGACCUGUGCUAGUCUUGGAUAUGCCGGAGGGAUUGAAUUUUCGGAUUAUAUUCGCGAUCUCAGCUGGAGCAAUCGGAUCUUCCUUCCAGCAUGGUUAUAAUACAGGGGUUCUUAAUGCACCACAGAAGUUGAUUGAAUCAUGGAUCAAGAACUGUCCGGAGGGGGAUGGAAUCGGAGGAAACUCUACCUCCGACGGAAUCGAGAGCAAGUGUAUGGACGACACUACCGUCACCCUGAUCUGGUCCUGGGUAGUGGCAAUAUUCUGUAUCGGAGGAAUGAUGGGAGGAUCAAUGGUUGGAUUUAUAUCUAGUUGGUUGGGACGGAAAGGAGGAUUACUUCUCAACAAUAUCCUGGUUGUUAUCGCAGCCCUGCUCAUGGGACUCUCUAAGAUGACAGGAAGCUUCCAGAUGCUGAUCGCAGGCAGGCUGAUCAUAGGAAUAAACUCCGGACUGAAUGCUGGACUAGCUCCGAUGUACUUGUCCGAGAUUGCUCCGGUAUCAAUGCGUGGAGCUGUUGGGACUGUUUAUCAACUUAUAAUCACAAUCUCUAUCCUACUCUCCCAGAUUCUAGGGAUGUCUAAUGUUCUUGGAACUGAGACAGGUUGGCCUCUUCUCCUUGCUCUCACUAUUGUUCCCGCCAUUUUCCAAGUUCUGACUCUACCCUUCUGCCCGGAAUCUCCUAAGUUUCUUCUGCUCGACAAAGACGACGAAAUGGCCGCUAACAAAGCUUUGACUUGGUUACGUUCCACCAUCGAGGUUCAUGAUGAGAUGGACGAGAUGAAACAGGAGCAGGAGGCCAUGAAGCUCGUCCCCAAGGUUACCCUCAAAGAGAUGUUGACCAACAGCGCCCUAAGGAAACCUCUGAUUAUUGCAAACAUGAUGAUGUUGGCGCAACAGCUGUCUGGAAUCAACGCCGCCAUUUUCUUCUCUACCAAGAUAUUCGAGUCUGCUGGUUUAGACGAGCAAGCGAGUCAGUCUGCUACCCUUGGAAUGGGAGCUAUGAACGUUGCGAUGACCUUUGUUUCUCUGAUCAUGAUAGAGAAGGCUGGACGUAAAACCUUGAUGAUCAGUGGCCUGGUCGGGAUGUUUUUCAUGACAACCCUUCUACUCGUCUCUCUUCUCUUAGCGGAAAGUUUACCCUGGAUCUCUUAUAUGGCUAUUGUUGCUGUAAUCCUGUUUGUGGUUGGGUUUGCUACAGGACCUGGAUCCAUUCCUUGGUUCUUUGUAACUGAGCUCUUCUCCCAGUCAGGCCGGCCUAUUGCUUCGUCUAUAGCUGUAGCGGUCAACUGGUCAGCUAACUUCCUCGUCGGUCUAGGGUUCUCACCAAUACAGCUUGCUGUUGGACCCUACGUGUUUAUCAUCUUCAUGGUGACCCAGCUCAUCUUCAUCGCGUACGUCUGGUUUGUUGUCCCAGAGACCAAGAAUAGAACGAUAAUCUGA